ACACCCUUUCACUUCUCAUCUCCUUUCUAACUAUUCCCUUUUAUUGGCCGGUAAACGAGUCGACUCACUGAGUCAGACCAAAAAACCUAUGGGCAUAUGCAGCUCGUACGAGUCGGCACAAGUGGCGACGGCGAAGCUGAUCUUACAAGACGGGAGGAUGAUGGAGUUCACGAGCCCGGUCAAAGUAGGUUACGUGCUACAGAAGAAUCCGAUGUGUUUCAUUUGUAACGCCGACGAUAUGGACUUCGACAACACCGUAUCCGCCAUUAGCGCCGACGAGGAGUUUCAGCUUGGUCAGCUUUACUUCGCUCUUCCUCUCAGCGCGCUUCAUCAUUCUCUUAAAGCCGAGGAGAUGGCUGCAUUGGCUGUUAAAGCUAGCUCUGCUCUAAUGAGAAGUGGUGGUUCUUGUGGCCGAGAUAAAUGCAGGUGUCGUCGGAAAUGUGUCUCUCCGGUGAUCUUUUCGGCACGAAGAGUCGCGGCGGUGGGAUCUGACGGAGAGACGAGGAAUGGGAAAAGACGCGGUGGUGGUGGUGGUAGCGGGAGGAGGAAGUACGCGGCGAAGUUGAGUAAGAUAGAAGAGUAGUGAAGGGUAGUUUGGUAAUUUAGUUAUUGUUUUAGGUUUAAGUUUGUAAAUAGCAUGUAGUGGUUAUUAUUAUUGGAGGAGCAUAUUGUUGUAAUGCACAUUGCAUUUAGCAACGUGGGAAAAGUGAUUGUACUUUGGUUUACUAUCAUAUCAUAUGAUUAGAGGAUUUUAUA